GCGGAUCAGCAAAAUGAUGGUGGGGAAGGUAGACCAUUCCAGCAACCAAACACCACCGCCAGCACCGCCAUCGGCGGUGACAUCACCAGUUCUAUCAAAAGAACCGGCACCUCCAGGAAAAGAACCAUCACCAAGCAAUGUAAGCCUACCAGCACCAAAUGUCCCACAGACCACAAAAGGUCAAGAGCAAAAACCGUCAAUUUUAACAACUAAAAAGGAGUCCAAGACACCGGAAAUUCCUUCAGAGGAUAAUGUGUUACAGCAACAAGGUCAAAACACAACCACAGAGGGAUUGAUGGAAAAUUCAUCUCCAGGAAGUCAAGCGAGAAAUACAGAACCAUCCACUUCUACAAGUGGCAGUGGUGAGGCCCAGAUUACGGCGGAUGCGGAUAAUGCUCAACGGCCCAACCCCAGUGAAUCACAGGACGAUCUUGAAGGUACUGACAUCAACAAUUCUCCUACAGCAGAUGAGGCAGCACCUCAAUCAGCAAUAACACUCACCACCGCUCAAAAAAAUGAAACGGCAACGGUUGGCGACAGCGACAGCAGCACCGCGGUCCCCCACACCACCUCCCCUCUUUUGCUUCUUCUUCUUCUUGUCGCGUGUGCGGCUGCGGUGGUGGCCGCGUGA